AUGGCUACCUCGAGGCCGGCACGGCCAAAGCCCUUUGACUGGUCGGCUCCAUCUCAUCUUACAGUGUUCAUCCGCAAUUUGAAACUACUCCAACUUGAUCAGCGCGAGGACUGGCCCGACAUCACACUCCGCUCUUUGUCCCCCUCGUCCCAGAACCAGCGACAGCGCAUUCGUCUCGUGGAAUGGGCCUUGUACUACCUCUGUACUAUCUGGGAUCCCAAGAGUGCACAGCAUAAACUCCGUCCCUUUUUCCCACCGCUAGAACACCUGCAGUCCGUCAACCUCCGCGCUGCUUUGUUCCGUGUCCUGACGGAGUUGAAGAAAAAUGGAGACCUCGGGCGAGAGGCCGUUAUUCGCAAAACAAUGCUGGAUGACUGUAAGGGUGAGAAAUUCCAUGAAUUGCUCGCCGUCUUCUCCACCGCUGUUUUGCGGAAGCUCGUGGCGGUCUCCUCCGGGGAGAUGAAUUGGAACCUCGCCAUGAAACUAUCCACUGCUAGCUCUAUUACCCCAAAAGAAUACCAGAACUUGCUGCCUCUGAUACUCGCGCACCAAGUCUCACUCAAUGCAGCGGGUGCCUGCCGUGCUAGGGUGCAUCAGUCCUACGACCAAUUUUCGCGGCUGCUGGACGAUAAGAAAACCGAACUUGUCGAGCGUGCCAAGAAACCUGCAAAUGAUAAAGAUCAUCCUACGGUUGACUCGGAAGGUUUGACUCGCGAGCUUCAAGCCAACUGGCUGGGCAGUGCGGAGUGGGCCACCGCUUUGCUUGACGGCGGGUCACAAAGUAGCACGGAUGCUUUCUUGGAACUUCCAUUUUCGCAAGCAUGGGCUCGAGCCACAGCAUCGUCAGUGGACGGUCUUGGCACUGGAGCGAAACCAGAUCUGGUAGUUGAUCUGGAGACACGGGUCCUGCACCUGCGGAGUCGGCUGCGCAGGUGGCACCAGUACAAUGCUUCCCUUCGUAAGGCGCGAGGGGGAAGUCCCAGCUCGAUGGGUGCGGAAGCUCAAGAACCUCGUCUUUUGUUCCGGGAUCAUCAGGCUCUGACUGUUGCGAGCAUAUCGAAAGCCGUUCGCCAGCCCGGUGAUCGUGGAAGAGUUCUCAAAAAGGCAGAUGAAUCGUUCAUGUCGACCGUGAAUGAGGCUGUUAGUCGUAUCAAUGGCCAGUCUCGCUCGAAUUCCAGAGACAUUUUAGCCGUGGUGACAGAGGGCAAGAAACCAGCACCACUCGAUAAAAUGACUACCGACCGCUAUAACAAGCCACCAUCACCGAACUCUGAUACAGAGCUUCCCAAGCAGUCACUGAAUACCGACUCCCCAGACCCAAUCCUAGCCAGCGAGGGUGAGAACAGCCAGCCCACUCCAGUCGUCCGCUUCUCUCCCGACCAAGACUCCGAGAAUGAACCAGAUCCGGAACCCGUCAAAAACACAUCAACCUCGCACUACACCCUCGCCGAACGCACCCGCAAGUCAAUGUCACUAGUCCCACCUCUCCCCACGCAUGAAGCACAGACCCGUCCCCGACGACGUGGCCCACGGACUUCGUUCCCAGUGAAACAAUUCGAGAGACCGCGAAAAUCAUCACGUCCGUCUGGCGGCCGCUCCGGCGCCUCAACGCCUCAGGACAAGCUAUUCGAAGAAGAUGCCGAGUACGCCAGUGUCUUCAAAUCACGGCCACGUGUGGCGCUAAGCCCUAUCUCAUCUCCUGCCGUACAUAUUAGUCCCUCGCUGGGCGAGGAUGAGUUUGAGUUGGACGAGGAUGAUGGGGCAUGGGGUGAUGUUGAUUCUCCUUUGGCUACUUCGCGGAUGAGGUGA